UUAGAUCAAGGCUUAUAAGAAUGAGAACAAAGGGAAGAGCAUAGAUACCUUCUGCUUCCUCAGUAGACAGACCUAUCCUAGCCAAUUCCAUGGCGGAGACAGCGAUCGCAGCUGUUCUCUCGAAACUCGGAGAGUUUGCGACCAAGGAGGCGAGGUUACUGCUCCAGGUGGGCGACGACAUCAUGCUGCUGCGUGACAGGCUGGAGUGGCUGCAGGCCUUCAUUCGCGACGCGGACCGGAAACGCCGGAUCGGCGCCGACGACCUGACCCGAGUGUGGGUGCGUCAGACGCGCGAUGUCGCCUUCGAAGCCGAGGACGCGCUCGACGACUUCUUCCACAAGGUGGACGUAGCGAACCAGAAUCGCCGAGGUUGGAAGAUCCUCGGAUACUUGAGUAGCUUCAGGACCCAGAUCACCGUUCGACAUGGUCUGUCUGCUCGAAUCAACAGAAUCAAGAGUAGACUAGACCAAAUCUCCGAGAACCAAAAAGAAUACAAGAUCGAUCAUUCUCCAUCAGGACUAUGGACGUCUUCCACCACAGCCCUUGCACCGUGGGAUGGCCUAACGAAUGUUGUGGAGCGUGAGAAAGAUGUAAAGACUGUACAUAGACUUCUGUUUCAUGAAGGGCAUCUCCAGAUAAUGUUCAUCUCCAUAUUAGGGGAGAGUGGUGUUGGAAAAGGGACACUCACAACGGAAAUCUGUGAACUUAUGAGAGGGCGGAAAGAAUUUCUUGUUGUCCGGUACAGCAUACCACCGGGUUCCAGUAUAGAAUAUCUCCUGGAAGAAGUCUACAAGAGAGCAUAUAAACACAUCCACAAUCAAGAUGAAGCUCCUUGGGUGAAUGGCAAUGAUAUCGCUGAUAAGCUUCGUGGUCUCCUCACUGGUACGAGGUACCUGCUAGUUCUUAAAGGCAUUUCUUCCAAGACUAUCCUGAAUUGUGUGCGGGCAAGCUUGCCAGCAGACGACAAGACGGGCAGCAGGGUGGUGCUCAUAUUGGAACCUGAAUGCGAGGAAGUUGCGCGGCAUGCUAAUACCUUGAACGAGGCAAGAUAUAAGAUCGAGAGCACACACAGGUUGAGCCAUUUGGAUGAAGACGCAAGUAGAGAACUAUUCCGCUGGAGGGUCUUUGGCAAAAUGGAAAAGCACAACAAGGACAACACCAAGAAGACGACUUAUGAAAAAAAAGUGUUUGAUUUAACAAAAGGCUAUCCUUUGGCUAUAGUUGUUCUUGCUGGACUCUUGCGGCACAAGGAGGAGCCCGUUGAGUGGGAUGCAGUGCUCCAGGAGCUCAGUCCUGGAAUGGAAGAAGCAGAAGAUGGUCAAGACAACCCAAUAACAGGGCUUCUGUUGUUGAAAGAGAAACCGGAUGAGUGGAAGGCCUUGCAGCAGCAGAUGACCGCUGCAAGGGAAACAAAGCUGUCAAACAGAAUGGUGCUCGAGAGGAUCUUGUCCGCGAGCUUUGAUGACCUCCCUCAAGACCUCAAGUCCUGCUUCCUCUACUUGGCCGCUUACCCCAUGAAUGUCUACCUUUCUUCUGGUCAUAUCGUGCGGAUGUGGACGGCCGAGGGCUUCAUCAAGCCACGUAAGGGCAUGACUCUGGAGGAGUUGGGACACAGCUACCUCAAGGAGCUGGUCUCGAGAUGCCUGGUUCGGCUGAUAGACAAGAACGCCCAUGGUGGCAUCAAGACGGUCAUUGUUCACAGCCGCCUCGUAAGGUUCCUGCAAUCAGAAGCUCGAGAGGCGAGCUUCAUUGAGAUUCAUGACAGAAAUGAAAUCCUUGCACCAGCAUCGGUCCGCCGCCUCUCUGUUCAGGAUGACAGCGGGAACUACGCCACAUCCAGCAAUAAGUUUCCCAAGCUGCGGUCCUUCAUAUGCCGCGUUGCAGCAGGUAAUAGCCAAAGCAGUGACGAGUCCGAUGACAGUAAGAAGGAACGACGUGAGUUCCCUUGCGGGCCCAGGCUCGCCUGUGUAAUCUCCAGUCCAGCGACAGAGGGGGUAGAAGGAGGCAGCAGCCUGAAGAGCCAUGAUCUCAAGUUUCUGCGCGGGUCCAAGUUCCUUCGCUUAAUGUCUGUACAGGGUUUGAGGCUCCAGGCGUUGCCCGAUGAGAUUGGUGACAUGAUUCACCUGCGGUACCUACGUGUUGAAUGCCCUGGUCUGAAGAAGCUCCCUCGCAGCAUUAGAAGGCUGCUCAAUCUGCAGACACUCGACAUAAGCAAGACCGCUGUCGUGGAGAUCGACGCAGAGUUCUGGAAGAUCAAAACACUGCGGCAUGUGCUUGCAGAAAAGCUCAAUCUUCCAACGCCACCCAAGAAGGAGAUCGAGGUCAUCGAGCUGCCUGAUCUACAGACUCUGCAUGGUGUAGUGGCCGGUGUUGAAAAUUGGGUCAAAGGAAGCUCUUUACUGGACAAGAUGAGCAAACUGCAGUCACUGGAGCUGCACGGUUUCAAUGCAGAAAAACACGGGUCUGCACUGAAGGGUGCUAUCAGGAAAAUGCAUUUCCUUGGGCACAUGAAGCUGGUAGGUGAUAAGAUCCCGUCAUGUUUGUUUACUGAGCCGAACCUUCGGUGCCUGCAGGCUGUUGAUAUAAAGGGCACCGUGGAAUGGGCUAAUGUCACUUGGGAUGUCCUUCGCAAGGUCCGCCCAAACCUUGUUGAGCUCAAACUUAAUGCAACUGGGAAUGUGCCAAAGGAGUUGAUUAAUGAAAUUGUAGCCCACAAGCUGAUCUGCAUUGUGGAUGGAAAAUUUCAAUGCGCAAAAAGGUCAAAGGAUAAAAUGGAAGAACACAUGUUGAUUCCGCCGUCUAAAUGAGCAAACUCGCCUUGCAUAAACUUUGCUGCAACUGCAAGUAAGGCUUUUGUUUUACUCUUAAUUGUUUUUUUUUCUUGGCUAGCCUACAAACAGCUAGCGAAUAAGAGUUGUGGCAAAACUGAAUGAUGCUGAUUUGGUGUUGUACUAAUUUUUACAUAGUAACGCACAGUACGUAUAUUGUGUUGUUUCGAACUUGCUUGCUUCGGAUUUUUACAUCGAUUUGUUUGAUGUAGAUGGACCAUUUAUUAUGUAAUAAUAUAAAAA